GUAAGAUAUUUGGCUCAGAAACCCUCAUGCCAGCUCAUCUCGUGUUUACACACAUGCUCAGCUCACUUCAGCACCUCCACCCUCAGCGUUCAUAUAAAUGCAGGUGUGUUCCUGCUUUAUGUGCUCUUUCAGUUCACCUGUUUUUUUAAAGCAUGGCCGAAAUCGACUACACCUGUCCUCUCUGCGCAGACACCCACCGGGACCCCGUCACCAUCCCAUGUGGAGACACCUUCUGCCUGGAGUGCAUUAAGAUCUACUGGGACCAUUCUGACCACCUCGGCGUGUACAGUUGUCCGCAGUGCCAGACCACCUUCACUCCUCGUCCCAUCCUCAGACGUAAUGCUCCCCACAUAGGAAACCCAGAGCCUCAGCCGCCUCCUCGGGACCCCAACCCGUUUCCUUACUUCAAGCGUGACGCACUGUGUGAUUUCUGCACUGGUCGUCGAAGCAAAGCGGUGAAGUCCUGUCUGGUGUGUUUGGCUUAUUACUGCGAGACGCACAUUAAGCCCCAUUACGAGUCGACCACAUUUAAACGGCAUAAGCUUGUGGAUGAGACGGGACACCUAGAUAGGAAGAUCUGCCCACAGCAUGAAAAAGGCUUGGAGCUUUUCUGUCGUUCUGAUCAGAUGUGCAUCUGUGUGCUGUGUACAGUCAGAGAACAUCGCAGCCACAACAUAGUCAGUGCAGAUGAUGAACGCACAGAGAAACAGAAAAUCUUGGUGGCUACUCAGUCGAAGGUUCAGCACAUUAUUCAGGAUCGAAUGAAAGAGUUUCAAGAACUCAGACACAACGUAGAAGUCCUUAAGGGAAAUGCACAGCGGGCCCAGACUGACAGUGAUAAAAUCUUCAAUGAGAUGCAACAGGCAGUAGAGCGGUGGCACGCUGAGAUCACCCAGCUCAUACAGGCUAAUCUACAAGCCUCCAUGGCUCAGGCUCAGGGAUACAUAGAGAGACUUGAACAAGAGAUCAUGGAGCUUCAGAGGAGAGAUGGUGAAUUACGUCUAAUACUUGACACAGAGGACAACAUUCACUUCCUACAGAAUUUCCCCACACUGUCUGUCCCUCCGGAGCCCAUGGUACCUAAAGUUCUGAUAAACCCAGAGUUCUCCUUCAGCGAGAUCACCAAGAGCGUCUCUGACAUGAAAGACCACCUGGACGACAUCUGCAAAAAAGAGCUGGGAAUUAUCUCCAAACGAGUGAGUGACACUUCAGUGUAUGUCCUGAUCCCGAGGUCUGGAGAACGUUUGAUUGCUCAGAUAAAAACAGACUUCCAAGAUCCUAAAACAAGACCGGAUUUCCUCAGAUAUUCUUGUAAACUUACAUUUGACCCCAACACGGCCUAUAAAGAGCUAGUCCUUUCAGACGGGAACCGCCGUGUGACCCGCAAGCGAACAACCCAGUAUUACCCAGAUCAUCCAGAGCGAUUUGAUGGCUUUUGUCAGAUCCUGUGCAAGGAGCCGCUCAGCGGAGUGCGGCAUUACUGGGAAGCGGAGUGGAAUGGGGAAUUUUCCAUCGGAAUUGCCUACAAGAGCAUCAGCCGCAAAGGUAAGAACUCCAACAGCCUUCUUGGAUACAAUGAUAAAUCCUGGAGCCUUCUGUGCUCAGACUCUGGAUACUCAGCUUGGCACAAUAAGAUGGAUAAAGAUCUGCCUGGUACACCUCGCACCUCUCGGAUCGGUGUGUAUCUGGAUUACGCUGGAGGAUCUGUGUCUUUUUACACUGUGUCUGAGGCGAUGGAGCUUAUACACAGAUUUCAGGCCAAGUUCUCUGAACCGCUGUUUGCAGGGUUUGGUGUUGGAUCAUCUGUAAAUCUGUGCGUGCUCGAGAAGAACUUCCGAUCAUAUCACUAAAUGGGUUUAAGCUUGGGCUUUUCUGUUGUUUAAUUGGGAAAAAUACUUAAAAGAGUGAUAGCCAGAUCAAGGCAGUAUUUGGAGAUUCAUACUUUUCUUCAUUAAGCUCUUAAUGAAAUUUAUAAAUAUAUACUGAACCAAUGACCGCUCUGGGAAUCUCGCAGUGUUUCCAGGUCACUUUUUGCAAUGUAAAUAAGGAUAAAAUAUCUUAUUGUUUAAAGAAGACUACUAUUAGGAGCCCUUGGAUGGGUACAUUAUUUUCAGGAGAACUAGCAUAUGAGCACACUUGUAGCUUGGGUCUUUUGAUCCAGAUCAAAAAAGGCAACAAUGCAUUUAGUUUUGGAUCGCUUGCUAUUCUGAUUGUCAUGUUUAAGACCAAACCUAAAGAUACAAAAAAUAGUUAAAUGAGCAUGUUGUUUGUUUAAAUUCAAGUGUUUUUUGUAACUGAGAAGUCAUUAAGAGCUUUGGUCUAGGUUUUCCGUCUACUACUACUUCAAGGAGAUGACAUUUACCACUGUACUGAAAUAUAAUGGGCAAUGUAGCUUCUAUUUGAUGAGAACAGACUGCUGUGUAAGUGUUUUGUCCUCAGUAAGGUCACAUAUUUUGAUUUCACAAUGUUUUUGUUUUGUUUGUUUUUUUUGUCUUUAGAUUGUGUUGUGGUCAUAUUUCAAACUAGUAGAGUUGACUUGGAAGUGGACAGAGAAUCUUUUUCAAGGGCCUCAUUUAUAUAUACAUGUAUGCACAUCAUGAAUUUGCCAAGUUUUAUGCUAUCUUGGAUUAACAUCUGUGCUUAUUCUGGAACAUCAACCCAACCAUAAAUGUAAACUAUUUCCAAAUUCAGAGGGGAAUAAUAGUUAGAUAAUCAUGUAGAAGUGCAUAAACCGUAAGCCUAAACUUAACAUAAACCGUAUCUCUUAAUUCUGAUUGGCUGAUUGGAAUGUUGUUCCAGGAUCAACAUAGAUGUUAAGCCAGAAACAUGUCCUUCUUGGUGGAAUCAGGUUGGUUAUACAUGUGUGCAUACAUAUAUAAAUGAGGCCUUUAAUAAGUUUUUCUGUCCACUUGCUGAUUAUAUGUAAUGGUCAAUGUACCAGGGACGACAUGUGGUCAGGGGAUGCCAUCAUCCUCAGUGGUUAUCAUAAGAUGUAUGAUAAAAUCAAUAAUUGUCCACUGAUCUGUGUUAUAAAUGCAAUAAAUGUAUAAUUAAAUUAAUUUAAAUUAUUUUAUAAUCAAAAUUGAGGUAUUUUGCUUGUCCUGUUCAAUUAUAGCGAUGUAAGCAAGCUGUGCCUCAUGUCAGAGUGCGCAAUCCCUUGCAAACUGGGUUGGCUUUGGCUUAAUCAGUGUAUGCUACCAAUUUAAUGCUUCAUUAAAUUAAUGUUUUUAUACAUUGUAAA